AUGCCUUCUGUACGUUCGUGUGCGCUGGCAGCGCUGGCAGGGCUGUCCGCCCUCGUAACCGUUCAGGGUGCCGACCUUACUGGCAACACCAAAAACCUGUUCGAUGAAUCGAUGACGUUUUUGGACAAGAUUUACGAUAGCAAGGCUGGCUACUUAAGGUACUUCUACUAUCCUUUGGCCGCUUCAGCGCACGAGACACGGUCAUCUGGGUGGUACGCCACAGGCCUUCUCCAACGGAACAAAGGCAACGACAGGCAAGAGGCCAUCAAAAUUAUUAGAAAUAUAAUCGACGGGCAGCAUAAAGAUCCAAAAGACGAAUGGUAUGGCGACUAUCAGGUGUAUCCGGAAGAACCCACGGUUGGCACGAAGGCUUACCCAGCAGUUGUUUACAGCACGUGGGAUCCGAACUGGAGAGGAUUUGUUGGAACCACCCUGAUGGUUAUUUACGAGGAAUUCAGCCAUAUGCUGCCAUGUGACCUGAAAGAUUUGAUGCUGGAAAGCUUGUACAACGACACAGUGGGCGAUGGCUACCGGAACGGUGGUCUCGUCAAGGGAGCUCUCAACCCGUCAUAUACCAACCCAUCGGUCAUGCGUGCUGUGCAGGCCAGCUGGGUAGGUCGCAAGAUGAAGGAUGGCAACAUGACUGCAUAUGGCGAAGACUACGGCUCGCAGAUCAUCGAUCUUUUCAACAUGAACAACACCCUGUCAGAGUUCAACAGCGCCGUAUACAAUGGAGUCUCAUUGUACGCCUUGACCAUGUGGGUGAAGUACCUGCCAGCGGACUCAAUCCUGUACCAGAACGGAGAGCGUAUGAUCAAGGAGAUAUGGACUUCCCUAGGACAGUUCUAUAACGCAAACUUGAAGAACUUGGCCGGCCCCUGGGACAGAACGUAUGGGUAUGACAUGAAUGAGUACUUCAGCAUCUUGGCUUGUUACAUCUGGACGAUGGUUGGAAAAGAGUAUGCGCCAGUCUACGAUGAGCCCUGGACCAUGGCGCACGCUGAUGACUUCGAGUAUGCGCCGAUCAUCGCUGUCCUUGCACCGUUCCAUGAUUCGCUGGUUCCGGAAGACGUCAAAAAGAAAUUCCGCUCUUUCCCCGGCGAUCACAUGGUGGAGACUGCGGCCUUUGCUCCCCCAGGGGACGCCGCCGUGCGCAACAUCACCUCCUGGGUAGCAUCUAACCUAACAAUGGGCGCCAUGUCGUUCUUGGACGACCCGAAGAACUGGGACCAUUCGUCGCAGUGGAAUGCUGCCGUGACGCAGUGGGGUCGGUUUGAUGGCUCCGUGGGCUACUUCACCCUGUACCCAACGGUGCACGCGUUGGACUCAGAGGUCGGUCAGGGAUGGAUGAACCUCACAUACCCGCAGGGCAACUCGAGCAGCAAGUUCACUUUCGUCCUGGCGCCUAACCCUCUGGGAGCCAAGAGGGACAUGAACUCUCUUGAUGACAUCUCGGGUCUCAACAUCAAGGUCUCGGGGUCGGUCAACGCUACGCCUGCGAUCACUUUCUGCGGACUGGUUGGCGGAAGCUGCAGCCCCAAGUUCGGCUUCGAGUUCUGGAAUGUCACAUUUACCAUGCCCAAUACCCCCGAGGGCGCCGCGGCUCUUCCCAAUAUUUUCUUGGAGAUUGAGCUGGAAGAGUAG